AUGGCCUUUCAACCUGUCAGGUUACCUGAAUUUGGUCAACCUGUUUGGAACUCUAGCUUUGACCAUGAUAAGAUUGGUGAUGUUUUCAAAUUUUGGAACAAAGGUGAAUUGGACUCCUUCUUGAUUGAUAUUACUAAAGAUAUUGUGAGAUUUAAAGAUGAUGAUGGUUCUCCCUUAGUUGAAAAAAUUAAAGAUACUGCAAAUCAAACUGCCAUAUCAUCAUUUAACUUUGGAGUUUCAGUUACAUUGAUUGGUGAAGUUGUUUACUCUCGUACACUUUCAUCUUUAAAAGAUAAAUGUGUUUGUGCAAGCAAAAUCUUGCCAGAAUCAAAAAAUAAGAAAUUUGAAGGAGAUAAAGACUUGUUUGUUAAACAAUUGGGUCAAGCUUUAUCCUAUGCUUCAAAAUUGAUUUCCUAUGCUCAAGGUUUUAUGUUAAUGCAUGAAGCUACUAAGGAUCAUAAUUGGGAUUUGAAUAUUAUAUAA